AUGAUAAAGGAUAACACACCAUCCUUGUUUGUCAACAGCCCUGUGAGACGAUCUUUGCAAAGACUGGUGCAGAAUGAGACACUAUGGACAGCGCCCAUCAUUGCCAUUUUGUUUGCUUCGCUGAUACGUUGGAUAGUUGCUUUAAACCCAUAUUCUGGCUUCAACAUACCACCCAUGUUUGGAGACUAUGAAGCACAGCGUCACUGGAUGGAAAUCACUACACAUUUACCUACCUCCAAAUGGUACAGGUACGACUUGCAGUGGUGGGGGUUGGAUUAUCCACCUUUGACAGCUUUCCACAGCUGGCUAUGCGGCAUCAUUGGCUCAAAGAUAGACGCGUCGUGGUUUGCAUUGGAUACAUCAAGGGGUAUUGAGACGGAAUCAAGUAAAUUAUUCAUGAGAUCCACAGUGUUUGUAUCAGAAGCUCUGAUCUAUAUGCCUGCUGUACUUGUGUUUUGCCAAAUUGUGUAUGGAUCCAACGGCUAUCUCAAGAAGCACAUGGCUGCUGUGCUGAUACUGAUGCAGCCUGCCUUGAUCAUGAUUGAUCAUGCUCAUUUCCAAUUCAACAGUGUCAUGCUAGGAUUCGCCUUGUGGGCUAUCAAUUGCUUCAUGACCAAGCACUUUGUACUGGGAUCCAUCUUCUUCUGCCUGUCAUUGGGAUUCAAGCAGAUGGCCUUGUAUUACGCACCAGCCGUGUUUGCCUUUCUGUUGGGGAGAUGCUUUACAGAGAAGAAUGGCAUCGUCUUGUUUGUUAAACUAGGAGCGUCCGUCAUUGCAACAUUUGGAUUGUUGUUUUCACCUUGGUUGGGAUCUGUUGAUGAUAUCAAGCAGGUGUUUACUCGCAUAUUCCCUGUAGCGCGUGGCUUGUAUGAGGACAAGGUGGCCAAUGUAUGGUGUGCUGUCAAUGUAGUGAUCAAGUUGAGACAAAUCAUGACGGUAGAAUCCACUGUUCAAUUGAGUCUACUGGCUACACUGGCUGUGGUGAUCCCUGUUGGUAUUCACUUGGGUCUGGCACCAUCCAGAAGACGAUUUCUCUAUGCCAUGAUCAACUCGUCCUUGGGGUUCUUUUUGUUCUCUUUCCAGGUGCAUGAAAAGUCCAUCCUCUUGCCCUUGAUGCCUGUUACGCUGCUUGUCUUGGAGGAGCCCAUUGCAACUACCAUGUUUAUGAAUGUAGCCAUGUUCAGUAUGUUCCCCUUACUCAAAAGAGAAGGUCUGGUCCUGCCUUACUUUAUUACAAGCAUUAUGUGGAAUUGGCUUGCAGGCGGAUAUGGCCCCACAACAUGUUUGGCUACAAGACUCGGUACAUUGGGAGUACACCUUAUAUUCAUCAUUUGGCAUGUCGCAGAAGAAUUUAUAGAGGCACCAGCCAAUUUACCCGAUAUUUACACUGUGUUGAAUGUAUUGAUCAGUUGUGGAUUGUUCACUCUCUUGUUUGGAUAUUACAUUUACCGUCAACUUACAGUGACACCCUUCAUUCAAGCAUCUAAUUUACCAAAAGCAAAAGCUCAGUAA